UCUUCUUCUUCACCAUUCUUCACCUUUAACCUCCAUUUCUUCUGAUUCUCAUGUAUUUUCUGUUACAUAGUUGAUAGCAUAAAACCCGGUUCUAUCAGAAAUGUGUUGGAUGAUUUCAAUUUUGCAUUAAAACGAUAUGAAACAAACCCGUGUAUAGAGAACUCAGAGUGAACCGGUCGGUAGGUAAAGCUGGAGAUGUAAGAUCAAAUCUUGACCGUCAAAUACAAUCAAUAAUCCAACGGCGUUGCAAAAAUGAAAUCGUGAGCUUUGCUCUCAUCGGAGCUAUAGAUUUGGAGUCGGAAGUUGGGAAGAAACCAAAUCAGCUGAAGAUGAGGAGAGUGUCUGAGAUUGCAUCGAUGGGAAAUAUAUUUGCUCGUCGGAGUCUUCUUGAGAAAGGUAACCUAAGAACUGCUGCGUCGUCUUCGUUUAGCCAUUGUAGCUUAUGUUGUUACCGGGUACGAGCUUAUUCUAGCGUCAGUGGUGAUUACAGAGCGAAAUUGAAAACUGAGCUGAGUGAUUUAAAGUUAGAUGAUGCUAUUGGUCUGUUCAGUGUUAUGGUCAAGUCUCGUCCACGCCCUUCAAUCAUUGAUUUCAGUAAACUCUUGAGUGCUAUUGCUAAGAUGAAGAGGUUUGAUGUUGUCAUCUCUAUGGCUGAGCAGAUGCCAAAUUUGGGAAUCCCUCAUAAUCUUUAUACUUACAAUAUUUGGAUCAACUGUUUUUGCCGCUGCUCUCAAAUCUCUCUUGCUUUAGCAAUUCUUGGCAAGAUGAUGAAACUCGGCUAUGAACCCGAUAUUGUCACGCUUUCAUCGCUGCUUAAUGGGUACUGCCACGGUAAGAGGAUAUCCGAGGCUGUAGCUUUAGUUGAUCAAAUGGUGGAAAUGGGAUAUCAGCCUAAUACCGUUACAUUCAACACUCUAAUCCAUGGACUCUUUCUUCACAACAGAGCUUCAGAAGCAGUGGCUUUAGUUGAUCGAAUGGUUGUAAAGGGCUGUCAACCAGAUCUGUUUACUUAUGGUGCUGUUGUAAAUGGACUAUGUAGGAGAGGUGAUAUCGAUUUAGCUUUAAAUCUGCUCAAGAAAAUGGAAGCAGGGAAAAUCGAGGCUGACGUUGUGAUCUACAGCACAAUCAUUGAUGCAAUUUGCAAACAGAGACAUGCUGAUGAUGCGCUCAACCUGUUCAACGAAAUGGAAAACAAAGGAGUUAGAGCCGAUGUUGUUACCUACAACUCCCUCAUAAGUUGCUUUUGUAAUUCCGGACGAUGGAGUGAUGCCUCUCGACUACUUCAUGAUAUGAUUGAGAGGAAAAUCAACCCCGAUGUAGUUACUUUCAGCACAUUGAUCGAUGCAUUUGUGAAGGAGGGGAAACUUGUAGAGGCAGAAAAAUUGUACGAGGAGAUGAUCAAAAGGUCUAUAGAUCCUGAUAUUUUAACGUACAGUUCAUUGAUCAAUGGGUUUUGCAUGCACGAUCGCCUAGACGAGGCUAAGCAGAUGUUUAAGUUCAUGGCUAGCAAGGAUUGUUCCCCCGAUGUUGUGACAUAUAGUACUCUGAUAAAAGGGUUCUGUAAGUCUAAGAGAGUAGAAGAGGGUAUGGAACUCUUCUGCGAGAUGUCUCGAAAAGGAUUGGUUGGAAACACAAUCACUUUCAACACUCUUAUCCAAGGGUUUUUUCAAGAUGGCGACUGUGAUAGUGCCCAAAAACUAUUCAAACAGAUGGUUUCUGGUGGUUUGCCUUGCUCUAUCAUGACAUACAGCAUUUUGUUAGACGGACUUUGUAAUAACGGCAAGCUAGAGACAGCAUUGGUCAUAUUCAAGGAUCUGCAAAAGAGUGGAAUAGAACUUGAUAUAGUUACAUAUAAUAUUAUGAUUGAAGGGAUGUGUAAGGCUGGGAAGGUGGAAGAAGGGUGGGAUUUAUUAUGUAGUCUCAGCCUUAAAGGAGUGAAGCCUAAUGUUGUAACCUACACUACAAUGAUCUCAGGAUUUUGUAGAAAAGGUUUGAAGGAGAAAGCGGAUGCCUUGUUCAGGAAAAUGAAAGAAGAUGGGCAUUUGCCAAAUGACCGUACCUAUAAUACGCUUAUUAGGGUACAUCUUAGAGAUGGUGACAAAGCAGAAUCAGCAGAACUCAUCAGGGAAAUGCGGAGUUGUGGGUUUGCUGGAGAUGCUUCAUCUUUUGGGUUGGUCACCAAUAUGUUGCAUGAUGGGAGAUUGGACAAAAGCUUUCUGGACAUGCUUUCCUAAAUUAGUUUCUGGAAAUUCGUUUGAUGCUUCACUCUCAAUUUCUUCAAAUGUUUAGUUGAGAUUGGAGGAACCGAAUUUUCCAUUAGAGGAUGUGUGAACUGUUCGUUAGCUUACAACCUGCAAUAACAUGUGCAUUCUCUGCUCUCCAAUCACAUAUAGUUCAGUUUACAGGAGGAAAUACUAAGAUUUGCUCAAGCUCCUAUUUAUAUGAUACAAAGGUUAAUUAUGAGGUUUCAUUUUUCUCAGAAACAAGAUGUGAACGUUUCAGAAUUCAAAGAAAAGCCUAGCUGCUUUUACUUGAAGGAGGACAAGAGUAGUUUUCUUGUAGAAUUAGCAUUUUUAUGUGACGCUGCUUUUACUUGUAUCUAGACGUGAGUAAUUUAUGCUUUCACUCUUA